AGCAUCGCAGCCAGCCUCCCUGCAAGCCGCUGCCUCCUCCCGGGCUGCGGCGGCGGCCGCCUUGGUGGCUGUGGGGGGGCUGCGCGGCUGGCCGUGCCGGCGGGAGGGGGCGCGAUGGAGCCGGGGACGCCUGCCCAGCCACAGGUGACGUUUGAAGACGUGGCGGUCUACUUCUCAACGGCGGAGUGGGCUAGUCUGGAGGAAUGGCAGCGGGGUCUGUAUCGGACCGUCAUGGUGGAGAACUAUGAGGCUGUCACCUCUCUGGGGUACCUUUCCAUCAAACCUGAAGUCAUCUGUAAAAUAGAGCGUGAAGAGGAUCCCUGCAGGGAAGAGCCGCUGGAGCCCCCAAGAUGGAGGAGACCCCAGAGCCCCUGGUUGGCAGAAGAUGAGAUUCGGAUAGCAGAUGAGGAAGAGGAUGUCGGGGCGGGCACCAUCCUGCGAAUCCCGGCUCAACGCAAGAGAAAGAAGAAGGACCGCUCAACAGGAGCAGAGAAGCCACAGACUCAGGCAUCGAGCUCCCCCACCAAGAUGGACGCCAGGACUCUGCCCCGCGUGACGCUGAAGACGAACCCGCCCAAGUGCCCGGAGUGCGGCAAAAGCUUCUUCAGCAACGUGGCCAUGACCAUCCACAUCCGGACGCACACGGGGGAGCGCCCCUUCAAGUGCCACCUCUGCCCUCUAAGAGCCCUGUGGGGGACCUGCUUAGCCACCGCCAAGACGAUAACACCCCGCGCGCCGGAGGCUCCUCCCACCGCCGGCUCCAUUCUCAAGGAGAAGAAAUGCCUCAGUGCCAAGCUGCAGCUCCUGCGCCACUUGGGGGCCAGCCCAGGGCCCAAGAAGCCCCACACCUGUCCCCAGUGCGGGAAGAGCUUCAACAAGAAGCAGGACUUGCGCAAGCACCAGGGGACGCACUCGGCCGAGCGGCCCUUCUCCUGCCUGCAGUGCGGGCGCCGCUUCCGGCUCAAGCAGAUCUUGGUGGCCCACAUGAAGGUCCACGUCGGGGAGAGGCCCUUCGCCUGCCCUCAGUGCGGGAAGCGCUUCCGGCAGAAGCACCACGUGGAGAGCCACCAGCGGGUCCACACCGGCGAGAAGCCCUUCGCGUGCGCGACGUGCGGCAAGCGCUACGCCCAGAAGCAGCCGCUCAUCAGCCAUCUGCGGGUCCACACUGGCGAGCGGCCCUACGCGUGUGCCGAGUGCGGGAAGUCGUUCCGGAACCAGGCCACCCUCACGAUCCACUACCGCACGCACACCGGGGAGCGGCCCUAUCGCUGCCUCCUCUGCGGCAAAACCUGCAGCCAGCUACAGCAUCUCAAGAGCCACCAGAGGGUGCAUCGCGGGGAGCAGCACCUCAUUGCGACCGGAGACACUAAAGCCCUGGCUCAGAAGAGAGCUCGGGAGAUGGCGGAGAAGCCCCACCCAUGUCCCAAGUGCGAGAAGCGCUUUCGGGACGAAAAGAUCAUGCAGGUCCACUUGAAAACCCACGCGGACAAGAAGCUGACGAAAUCUGGAUCCUCACCAGCCAGGGCAGUUCUUGGCCAAAACACCUCUCCUUCUGCCCGGCGGAAACUCUCCCCCGCAGAUGCCAGAUCCAUUAGCAAAGGGAUCGGCUUGAGCAAGAAGCCUUCUGCUGUAAUGCAGCCGGGCACCGUAGCUGGAAGGAGGUCUUUUGCCUGCACCGACUGCGAUCGGAGGUUCACGCAGGCAAAAUAUCUCACCCUGCACCGCAGGAGCCACACCUGAGAGGAGCUGCUUGCCCUGGGAAUGAGAACCUUGUGUGUGGCCUUUGAGAGGAGCCUGGCAGCAAAGGACCCCUUCUGUUUGGAGUAACUUGGCCGACAACCCUUUUGUGUUAUGGAAAACUUCCUUGGAAAAGAGGCUUCCAGCGAGCCCUUGCAGGUAGACAGGCAGGUGUCUCACGGAAGAUCCUGUUUCCCCCACUUCUCUGUUCCUCCUCUUUUUUCCCCAAUGUCCAUUCUGAGGAAGAUUCCUGUGCACCUUGAAAGCUUGCAUUUUGAACAGUUCUGCUCUCCAGGAGGGUCUACUGCUGGCGUUCCUCAUUCUACAGAUCCAAACUCAGCUGCACUUUGGGGCUGGCAGGAAGCUGCCACUCUCGGGCACGUGCUCAGUGCAGCCAGGCCUUGAGCUGCUUCUUGCAAAGCCCUCCUGAUAGACAGGUGGCCCCCCAGCCUCUGUUUAAAAACUUUCACAGAAGCAGACUCCCCCCACCCUCUGAGGCAGCGUUUUCCACUGUCGAACAGCCCUGGCCGUCAGGAAGUUCUCCCUAAUGUUUAGGUGGAAUCUCUUU